ACCCAAUCCUCUCUUCUCUCUCUCUCUCUCUCUCUCUCUCUCUCUCUCUCUCUCUCUCUCUCUCUCUCUCGCUCGCUCGCUCGCUCGCUCGACGUGAGGGUGAACGAAGAGGAAGACGAAGAACUGGAGAUGGCGUACACUCGAUUGAAAGGCUUUGCUGUUGUGCGGCUGAGAGUGAUGACGAUGCUCAUCGCUUUCCUCGUCAGCCAGUCAUCGAGCCCGCUGGCUAUGGCCGCACCGGGUUUCACUUCGCCGGGUUCGCCCUCCUCGGGUCUUCCUUCUAGUUCCAGUGGGCCCUCUUCUGAUCUUUCCUCUAGUCCCACCGAAGCCUCUUCUGAUGUUCCCUCUAGCUCGGUCACUUCAUCUUCUGAGCCGUCCCCUAGCUCGACUGGGUCCUCCUCUGCUCCACCGUCGAAUUCAAGUGCGGCAGCUUCAGAACUGCCAUGGAGCUCGAGCACACCGUCGCCCUCCUCCUCGACGCCCUCGUCCCAGCCGAUGACAUUGACGAUCAGUUCGGUCUCCCCGGCGAUCACCACCUCGUCGGUGUCCACCCCUGCGGUGCAAUCUGAAGCCGCCCAGUACACACCUCCGUUGAUUAUGACUGCAAUCCCGGAUCCCAAGAGCGCUGGUAAUAGAGCAAACUUCAUAAGGGCUUUAACAGAGCGAGUGGAGGCGGUGGCAUACGCUGCGAGAUUGCUGUACAGCAGGCCUUGUGAGGCCAUCGACAGCUGCAAAGGAGGAAAAGGGGAACACUCAAGGUUGGCGUGCGGCUACAUCAGCAAAUACGAUAAGGAGUAUGUGCCCUAUCAGUGUGUGACUGGUGUACAACUCAACACAUCCCUAUGCUGCAAUGGCACGAACGCAACGGAGAAUACCGGAUCAAUAUUGAUUAGCCUUACUGAGCCAUUUAUGAGAUAUCCAGAAGUGGUGGGGAGACUGUCGUCACCAGAAGCUCAGGGAACCUUGCAUCAGCACGCGUGUAUUCAGUCCUCCCUGAAGAAGCCCUUAAAGGAUGCGAUCAGCACUGAAGCUGAUUUCAUUGCAACAGGAUGGGUUUCCUUUGCCAGCAUAGCCGGAACAUUUUACAGCUUCCCUGGCCUUAACGUCUUCGACGGCUUCGGCGGCACGGGUUUCCCUUUCGACUGUGAUCCCUACGAUCCCCGCUUUAGACCAUGGUUUCAACAGAUUUCUGGGCCGCAGAAGAAGGUGUCCAUCCUUGUACAAGGAGCGAGCAUGAUGUGGGAGCCUCUGAAGAAUAAUCCAUUGGAGACGCAGACAGGCCUGGAUGCACUCAAGCAACUCCUUGUUGUGCUCAAAAAGACCUUCGCCGAGCACGACAGAAUAUUUCUGACAACAGAAGUGUCAGAAGGCAACAUCAACCGGACAGGAAGUUUCAUGAGCAGCGACUUUUCAAGCACCUCUGUGACCCGCAUGCAGCCAGACAAGAGCUCCCCGCCUGGAGACCUCGCUGAGGGUGUUCGUUUAGCGCUCAGCCAAUUGGCUGAUCCAUCCAGGUAUCAUCUUGAGGUGCUCCUCGUGUUUACCAGGGGACCUAUCAAUGUUGAGGGGGCGGCGAGUGUUAUAGCGGAGCAUAACAAGAGGAGCCUUAGCAUCACAGGCAGACCAGUCUCCGUGUUCAUUUAUGGCGUGGACGUCUAUGACAGCACAACCUUUGCGAAUAUGACGAGGCUUGCAGAGCUGGUGAAUGGAACGGCCCGCAAUAUGGGGUUAGGAGACCCUUUGCUGGGGAUUUACUCCUACUUCGACUUCAUGGCGCGGUCCUUCCACAACCACCCACCCACUUGGGCAAGACUGUACACGGAUGCUUUCAGCCAGGCAGAAAUCACCACCCUAAUGAAACAUGUGUUCGAUUUGCAGGGAAGGUCUAUCGGGAUCGUUGGGCUGGAUGUGAAAGUGCCAGCCCUCGCAAAAGAGAUAGCAGGGAACAUGAGCAUGGAUCCGCCACCAAUAACCGUCUCCAACCCAAGGGAUACUCUCCAGUUGCCUACGUGUACCUCACCAUGCGAGGAUGGGUAUCCAGGCAUCUCCUGCCCGGGCGACGUGCAGCUAGAGGCAACAGAUGUCCUGUUUCCAAAGGUGAUGACAGCGGACGCAGAGAAGAGGAGGUGUUGUGGAGCUACAUGUCUUUCAUCAGGAAAAUUGUCGAAACUCAGCGCUCGAGAGAAUUUCGUACUCCAGGUCGCCGUUGCAGCGGUUCUAAUCAUCGCCUUGCUAUCCCAGCCUGGCCAUCCGAUUAUUUCUUUUUCUCUUCUUUAAGCCUUUAAGGCUAAGUAGCCCAACCCAAUUCAAUACUUGGAAAAUAUUGACAAACCUUAAAGCGAAAAAGAAAAGAAGUAGAUAAAUUAAUGAAAUGAUUUUACUGGC